CUGGGAAGAAGAACAGUCGGGGUUUGGACUUUGGGGUGGAAGGUAGCUCUGUGAAGAGGAAUUCUUCUUGCGUGAGACGACACUUUACUUUUGGACGCAAUUUUCCUGUGUACACACACCAGAGAGGACAGCAACGCCAUGGCUGAUAUCGAGAUCUUAGAGGACCGAGACAAGCUGAAGCGAGGCCUAGUGAAGGUGCUACAAUGCGUAUCCACUAUCUCAUCAGCAGCUGCUGUGGUGAAUCCCAUCUUCGGUGUGGCAGGCUCACUGAUCCGUGUCGUCCUCCACCAUGUUGAUGACGAGGACAUUCAAACUCUUCGACGUGAGUUUGGCAGCGUGAACCGAGCCCUGGAUGAGCUUUCAGUGCAGAACCGUGGCACGUUGCACCAGAUCAUGAAGGAGACAUUGGACGGGCAGUACAGCCAUGUAGAGGAGAACCUACGCAACCAGUUCCGUAAGUUCAUGGAGGUGGUGGAGGCACGGCCCGAGAACAAGGAGCGCAAGCGUGAUGAUUUCGAGGAAAGCUAUGCCAACGACCUGGGCGACCAGAACCUGCACACGCUCUAUGAUGGUGUAAUGGGCAAGCCCAAGCUCUUCAGCCGACCUAUCCUCGAGGUCUACAUGACUCACUCACAAGGAGAUCGGAGGGUGAUGGAACGCCUGUGCACUCGCCUCACCUACCUGUUCUGCAUCGGCCUCAUCGCUCUGAUGGGCUAUGCUGCCAUCAUUGGUGAUGACGAAGAAGGCCUGAGCGAGGAGUGGGCCGAGAAGAUGGAGAAUGUGCAAGAGAAGAUGCAGGAGGUGCUCAGGAAGUGCAAGUGAUUCCUGUCCCUGACACACACACACACACACAUAGAGGACUCUUUACUGUAUGCACUCCAUCGAGGUCCAUGCGGUGUCUCUUUUGGUGUCUUUAUUGUCCUUAACUCGCAUCUCUCUGUCUCGUUCUCUCGGGUCUCACUGUUGUUCCUGAUGCUGUGUGUUUUUAUUUUUUAAAUUCCUGACUCGUUGUCCUCCUCGUCCCCUCUGUUUUCUUCUAUAAAUUCUGCCAUAUACAUUACCCUUGGGAAGAGAGUGAAUGCUCAGGUGGUACAUGAUACAGUCGCUCUGUUCACCUGAGGAUUCACCCUUUAAUCCCUUUACUGUUUAAAGUACUGAAGACUUGAAAGCCAAAGAGUCGUCAAAUUUAUUUUCAAAGUGUUCAGUUUUAAAACCAGCUGCACUUUGAGAUUCACUUGAUGGUACUACAGUGCCCUUAGAGGUUUAUGCACCAUGGUGAUUAAAGCCCCAUCCCCACACACGUUUUUUUAAAACCAUUUUAUAAAAUCUGAAUUUCACAUAAAUUGUCAAAUUUGAUAAUUGCAAUUUAUUUUAUAAUUAUACCUUUUGUAAUAUACAGUGGUGCUUGAAAGUUUGUGAACCCUUUAGAAUUUUCUAUAUUUCUGCAUAAAUAUGACCUA